GAAGAACAGUUGGCUAAAGCACGAGACCAAAUUCUUAAAGCGAUUGUUCAGAAAAGCUUUACAUCAAGUCAAAAAGACGCGAGUUUCAUACCAGCAGACGAGAGCAUUUAUAGGAAUCCAUUCGCCUUUCUUCAGAGUCAUAAUGAAAUGAUGAAGACAUUCAAGAUAUGGACUUACAAGGAAGGAGAUGUUCCCUUGGUGCAUAAUGGUCCCAUGAGAUAUGUUUAUAGCAUCGAGGGUGAUUUUAUCGAAGAGAUGGAAAGAAAUGGAAAUCCUAUGGCUGCUAGCCAUCCUGAUGAAGCACAUGCCUUCUUUAUCCCAAUAAGUGUAACCAACAUCGUUUACUACCUUUACACGCCAUCUGAAAUCCAUCAUUUUAGCAAACGAAUACAAGCAAUAGUUGAAGAUUACGUUGGAGUCAUCGCAGAAAGAUAUCCUUAUUGGAACCGUAGCAAUGGAGCUGAUCACUUCUAUGUUUCUUGUCAUGAUUGGGGGCCAUCUGUAUCAAAGGGAAAUCCAAAACUAUUUCAGAAUCUGAUAAGAGUGCUUUGCAAUGCUAAUCGAUCAGAAGGUUUCAUUCCAAGACGAGAUGUAUCAAUGUCAGAGAUCAACGGGCCAUUCAACAAUACCCCGAGUGUAGGUAGUGGCAAAUCACCUCACAAUCGUUCAAUCUUGGCCUUCUUUUCUGGUAAAGUUCGUGGUCCUAUACGAAGUAAGUUAUUUCAACAUUGGGGAAACAAUGAAGAUAAAGAUAUUCAAGUUCACACUUACCUUCCAAAAGGCCAAAACUACAGCGAGUUUAUUAGUCAAAGUAAGUAUUGCUUAUGUCCUAGUGGUUUUGAAGUUGCAAGCGCUAGAUUAACCGAAGCAAUCUACAUGGGAUGUGUUCCUGUGAUCAUUAAGGAUCAUUAUGUCCUACCAUAUAGCGAUGUGUUGGAUUGGAGUCAAUUUUCUGUACAAGUACCGGUAGAUAAAAUUCCUGAUCUCAAAAAGAUUUUGCAAGAGAUACCUUUUGAAAAGUAUCUUAAAAUGCAAAAGAGAGUGAUUGAAGUGCAACGACACUUCAGGCUUAACUUUCCGGCUAAACAUUUUGACCUCUUUCACAUGAUUCUUCACUCUGUCUGGCUUAGAAGACUUGAUGUUCACUUGGCAACAAUCAAUUAA